CGGGUGAGACCCGGUUCUCAUUUAGCAAUUGUUUCUCUCCUCUCCUGAAUUUUAUGCUAUUGUCUCUUUCUCUCUCUGUAAAUUCUCUUUCUACAAAUACGUACACACGUCAAAAUCUGCUGUUUCACAUUACCGAACUCAGACUAGUCAGUCGAGAGAGAAGAGCACAGUAUAGUCCGUUGCUCAGUCUUUAGAAUUCUUGAUUUCCAUACCACUUUCAGAUCAAGAAAAACCUCUUCUUUCUGAUACAAAACCAGUCACUCUCAAUCAUGAACAAUAAAAGAAAACGAGUACCAAUGGAAUUGGUGUUGUUUCUUGUGGUCUUUUUCACAACGUUUCAAGGAUCUUUUGGAGCUUCCAAGCAGACAAAAUCGAAGGCCUCUUAUGGAAUUGGGUCCUCUGUGGUCUUCCGUGUUACUGGAAAUGUUUAUCCAAACGGGUACUACCAUGUGACCCUUAACAUAGGCCACCCGCCCAAACCCUACUUUCUUGAUAUAGACACUGGCAGUGACCUCACUUGGCUCCAAUGUGAUGCACCUUGUAUCAAAUGCACUCGGGCACCUCAUGCUCUUUACAAGCCCAACAAAAACCUUGUGAGAUGUGACGACCCCCUUUGUGCCUCCCUUCAUUGGCCUGCAAACAAGCCAUGCGAGACCCCAGAUGACCAGUGUGACUACGAGAUUGAAUAUGCCGAUCAUGGCUCAUCUAUGGGCGUGCUUAUUAGAGACUCCUUUCCACUAAGGUUGAUAAAUGGCAGCGUUGCUGGUCCCCGUUUAAUAUUUGGCUGUGGCUACAAUCAAGAAGUUCCCGAUUCUUUUGACCCUCCUUACACAGACGGAGUCUUAGGCCUCACCGGUGGCCAAUUAAGCAUCGUGUCACAACUACACAAACAAGGUAUAACCCGCAACAUUUUGGGCCACUGUUUAAGCGGGAAAGGUGGAGGCUUUCUUUUCUUUGGAAACGACCUCGUUCCUUCUUCAAGAGUUGUUUGGGUGCCAAUGUUGCUCAAUUCUUUGGAGAAACGCUAUGUGUUGGGACCGACUGAACUUCUCUAUGGCAACCGGGCAACUGGUGUCAAGGGUCUCCUAGUGGUUUUUGACAGCGGCAGUACUUACAGUUACUUAAGUUCCGAUGCUUACAAAGCCACACUUGCCAUAGUAAAGGAAGAUUUGAAUGGAAAGCAAUUGAAAGAUGCAGUUGAGGAUCAAAAUCUCCCAGUCUGCUGGAAAGGUGCUAAACCUUUCAAAUCGAUUCACGAUGUCAAGAACUACUUCAAGCCCCUGGUGCUGAGAUUUACAAAGCCCAAGAAUGUGCAGCUGCAACUUCCUCCUUCAGCCUAUCUCAUCAUCACUAAACAUGGGAAUGCCUGCUUGGGUAUAUUGAAUGGCAGUGAAGUAGGGCUCGGAAACAACAACAUACUUGGUGAUAUUUCUCUACAAGAUAAAAUGGUGAUUUAUGACAACGAAAAACAACAAAUUGGAUGGGUUGCUGAAAACUGCGACAGGCUUCUCAACACUGAUCGUGAUUAUAUUGGAGGGUCGUCUCAACCAUUUGCAUCGAACAUGGAUAUCUUGGAAGAGCAUUUGAAAGAAGAGUUGUAAGGAGGGGAGACAAAUUGAGUAGCAAAUACAUGCAAUUGAUCAUAGAAUGUUUGUGGAAGUCUUUUUUUGUUCAGCUGUUGUAAAGCACACCCUGUUGUUGUAGAGCUUACACGGUAGGACAGAUACAUGUGUUCAUCCCAACCCUAGUAUAUAGAGAUACGAAUUCCACUGUCCCUGAAUUUAGCCGCAUAAUCAUUUGGAUUUACGAAUUUGAAAUGACUCAAAUUUAGAUUUGAUAUUUUAGAUGUAGAAUGUAAUAUUGAAUUUGAGAGUUUUACCAUGAUGGAUUUGAAAUGACAAUGGGAAAGUAGUCAUUUCUUCAAAUCCAUGUACUAAAGGUUAUAGUUGUACAAAUAUUAUUGCUUGUUUGGUUUUCCUCACUCUA